AUGAGCAACCUUCCGUCGGCGCCGACACUGAAAUUGGAGAUGGGUUCUUUCUACAUUCCCAAAGACAACCCUUCAAAGCCCCUCGGAGAAGACGCCCAUUUUAUCUCCGCCGAUAAACAGACCGCCGGCGUGGCCGACGGUGUCGGCGGGUGGGUCACGAAAGGCAUCGACGCUGGAGAGUAUGCCAGAGAGCUAAUCUCCAACUGCGCCGUCGCCGUCGACGCCUCCACUGAAGCACCCGCCGGCGACUUCCUCCAGACAGUGCUCCACACGGCCUUCCACAUGACCACCGUCGCACGUGGGACGUCGACGGUCUGCAUUGUCCGGCUCGACGGCGAUGAGCUCCGGUCGGUGUACGUCGGAGACAGUGGGUUCAUGGUGUUUAGGAGAUACGAGUGCAUUUACAAAUCGCCGGUUCAACAACAAGAGUUUAACUGUCCGAAUCAGCUGGGGAGAGAACCGGGUUCGGAUGAACCGGGGGUUGCAUUAUGUCCGUCUAUUACUGUAAUGGCCGGAGAUAUAGUGGUCGUCGGAACUGACGGGUUGAUGGACAACUUGUUCGUGGAGGAGAUAGAAAGGGUUUUGGAGGCGGUGGCAGAGACGGCGACGCCAGAGAGUUUGGCCUCUCAAUUGGCGAUGGCGGCGAUGUAUAACUCGUACGAUGAAAAUUUUGUUAGCCCGUUUUCGGUGGCGGUUCGGGCCGCCGGUCGGAUGCAAACCGGAGGGAAAAUCGAUGACAUUACAGUAAUUGUUGGACGGGUUGUGUGUGCAGAAGCAGAAUCGUAA